AGUACAAUCUGACAUGUACCAUGUGUAAUAGUUCGUCUUCUUUUCUAGUUCUGUUCUUCAUUGGGCGGAUUGGAAGUGCUGCCCCACUCCUCUGUCCUGUUGUUUGAAGAAGAAACUGUGCUGCAUCUCCUGAUCUGAGUGCGCUUUCAAACCAGCCACCAUUUGGGCACGUGUGAACCUUACGCAUACGGUACUCACGGUAUUCCACGUCCACAUGCUUCCUGAACUUCCGGCGCUCCAUUUGAAAAGGUGCCCGAUCAAUUCUUCUUCACUGUAGGGUUGUCGGCGACCAGCGGAGUUUUUCAUUUUGUGGACUCUAGAAGGUGUUUGGCAAUUCCCCAGACCGGACCCUGCCAUGCUCAGCAGCAUAUUUCGCUGCUUCUGCGGAGUUGUAUUCUUUUGUGCUGUUUCAUCGUCGCUCCGACAUGCUACUAUUAGAAGCAAGAGAGCCCUCACAUGGUCAGGGGACUUGCUAAAGGAAUGUCCAAAAGACACAAUUCCACCAGCUGCGUUGGAAGUGCCAACCUACCAGUUUUCGUUCGACGAUGACAUCCACCAGUCAAUUGAUCUGCAUUGGCUGGGCAAAGACUCUAAGUCUGUCCUCAUGCUCUCAACCACCACUGCAAUCUCCUUAUUUGGCAGAGUUCAUACUCCAUCGUCCUUGUGGAGGAGUUCUGAUGGCGGUCGCCACUACGAGAAUAUUACAUCGCAAAUUAACGCUGACCCUAUUUCCAGCGCUAGUGGCUUUACAAAGAAUCCUGUGGAUCCCAACAUGGCAAUCAUUGUUGCAGCUGCUGUUUACAAGCGUCCCCGCAGCCACAUAUAUGUAACGCUAAAUGGAGGUGCCACCUGGAAACGUGUCUACACACCGUUCAAGCUGGUGUCGAUGCGCUUCAACACGUUUAAGUCGAACCUCAUACUGGCGGACUCCUCCACGGAAGGGUCACUUGGACGCAAUGGAACGCUCUAUUUGUCCACUGAUCAUGGAUUUACGUGGAAGAUGGUGAUGGCGAAUGUCAAGUCCUACGAUUGGGGCAUCGGUACACACACUGUCUUUGUUAGUAUCGCUGAUCCUAAGAAGAAAGGUGCAACACGGCUACAGCUGCUUCGUACCGACAAUCUGUUCGAGACCUACAGAGUUGUGGCGCCGAAUGUGUAUCGCUUCGUCGUAGUCAACGGCUAUCUAUUUGCAUCGGCCUACCAUACUGAGACACACCGGCAGCUAUAUGUCAGCAGAAUGAGUGGACGAUCUGCAGAUUGGCAGCUAGCCCGCCUGCCAGAAGCAACAGUAUCUGGGAUGUACAACGUUCUAGAUGUAGCUGAUGGCAUGGCACUUAUUCACGUUGACAGUGCAGGCGAUGGCGGUGGAAGUAUCUUCAUAUCUGACUCAUCUGGUGUUUAUUUUACGAAGGCCUUGGAUGAUCACAUUCAAUUAUCUGGCCCUGGCAAAGGGUCAGACUUCUACAAAGUGAAGUCAGCUCGGGGCACGUACAUCACCAGUAUUGCUGUAGCCGGGAGUGAAACCAUCCUCGGCUCCCUUGUGGCAUCUCGAAUCAGUUUUGAUCGGGGUGCACGCUGGCAGCCCAUUCACAUUGAAGACUGUACGAACGGAGGGGAUGCAUGCUCACUGCACAUCCACGGCAUACUGAGUCUGCAGCAUGGUCUUAUCCGGCAAGUACCUGCUAGUGACCCAGGUGCACCAGGUCUCAUCAUAGCUCAUGGUAACACGGGGAAGAGUCACUCUAGAAUCGUGGAUAUCUACCUCACCCUUGAUGGCGGCUACCAGUGGAGGAAGGUGUUGGCUGGUCCUCAUUUCUACGCCAUUGCCGAUCAGGGAAAGCUGCUCGUGGCUGUUCCUAUAGCGAAGGACCAUACCGCAGACACAAUCUACUUUUCAGAAAAUCACGGUGAGUGUUGGUCGAAAGUAAAGUUCAGCACAGUACCGUGGCACUUCACCGGAAUGGAGGCUGAUCCCAAGGCGCUUGGACUCAAGGUGACACUAUGGGGUUAUACCCCAGCUGAUGGACUCUGGCAGACCAUGGAGGUGGAUUUCUCGGAUGUCAUCGAAAGGCAAUGUGCAGAUGAUGAUUUUAACCAGUGGAGUCCGCAUGCACAAGGCGAAAAGGACGGCUGUCUUCUAGGUUACAGGGAGACGUUUGAUGUCAUCAAGCCUAAUGUCUGGUGCUUUAUUUCCGACGAUGCUAAGAAGGGCCGAGUAGAGCCGUGUCCAUGUGGCUUGGAGGAUCUUGAAUGUGACUUUGGCUAUGUGUGGAAUGCUGACAAGACCGAGUGUGUGCUGGACAAGACUGUGCCUGCUAAUAUCAGCCGUGGUAUGCUAUGUUCUACGGGCCAGAAAUUCUACAAUGCUUCCAAGGGGUACCGUCGGAUAGCUGGUGAUCUGUGUACGAAUGGCGUUGUGGAUAACCUGGUCAAGUUCACACAGCGCUCUUGCAUAGGACACGUGUCCAACCCACCCAACUUUGGUGACAGCAGCGUGCAGAAGCACAAGCAUGCCAGCAUAGUGGUGGCGGUGAUCUUCGGCUCCGUGACAGUUGUCGUCUUGGUCUACAUUGUGUACAAGUUUGGUCUGCCAAGAAGAAGAGGCCGUUACAACUACAGCUACAGUGCGCUGCGCACAAUGGAGGAUGAGCCUAGCGACGCCGAAGGCAGCGCUGCAAGUGCCAGUGCUGCACGCACACUUGCAGAUGUGCACAUGGAUGACGAGGAUAGCGAUGUCCGGAUAGUGAAACCAUGAGAUGUGACCUCAGCGUACUGUGAUCUCAGCGUAUUGUGACCUCAGCGUAUUGUGACCUCAGCGUAUUGUUAUCUCAGCGAUCAGUGAUCUCGGCUUAUCCUUGAAAUCCCAUUUCGAAGUGCACACACAUCAUGCCCCAUGCAUGUAUUUCCGCAGUAUUUCGGACUUCCACUCGCAAGUUCUUGAUGUCUGUGCUUAUUUCAUGGAAACAAACUACCGUUGCUACUGCUGUGAGAACGGGUUUACCGUUGUUGCUACUGCUGUGAGAGCGGGUUUACCGUUGUUGCUACUGCUGUGAGAACGGGUUUACCGUUGUUGCUACUGCUGUGAGAGCGGGUUUACCGUUGUUGCUACUGCUGUGAGAACGGGUUUACCGUUGUUGCUACUGCUGUGAGAGCGGGUUUACCGUUGUUGCUACUGCUGUGAGAACAGGUUCACCGUUGUUGCUACUGCUGCUGCUACUGCUACACUACUGGUGCUACUGCUGUACCUGAUGUUGUUGUUCAAUGACAGCAGUGCUUUUUCGGAAUUAAUUACGCCCAACACAAUUUUUAGUUGCAUUCUUUCACAAACGCCAAAUUGCACACCGGACAACAUCAACAUUUGACCAAAUCUGUUAGACAAGCAGACAACUAUUAUGGGUUUUAACAUGUUUUCUGUAUUUCUUGUGAAUAGAUUUAUGUAGCUUUUAGGUGAAGGCGGCAGCUUAUGAUGAAUUUUUUUAUGAUAAAGCUAUAUUGCGGCCAAUUAGGUUUGUGUGUUGUUGGUUACCACUGUGGUGUAUCGCAUUGUGGCUUUCGACAAUUCAAAUCCAUAUUGAAGUGGGCACUUGCAAGCAAAAAAAAGGCUGUGCUGAUUUUGUUUGUGCACCGCACUCACUUCAGCAUAAUCAUCAUGAAAUGUGUGUUGUCUCAA